AUGUUCAAAUCCCUCUUGCUAGUUGCGCUGUUGUUGUUAACGACGGUCGUUGCCUUGCCACCUUUCAAUGGCGGCAGCGAUAACACCCUCGCACCUCUAUUAUCUUACCCUAAUGCUGAGCAUAUUCCCGAUGAAUACAUCGUGGUAUUCAAGGACGCAGUCACUGACGAAAGAGUAUCUUGUCAUCACAACGACGUUGAUUCCUUGCUCUACGAGGAAAGAAAGAUGUUCAAACGAGGGUUCAUGAAUGAAUUAAUUUCUGGUAUUCAGCACACUUAUGACUUUGAGGGUUUCCGAGGCUAUUCCGGUAGAUUCUCAGAAAGCGUGUUGGCCAAGAUCAGACAGAGCGAUGAUGUCGCAUUUGUUGAGCGAAAUCAAAGAGUAUAUCCCAGCAUAAUUCAAAAUCAAUCGCCAUGGGGCCUUGCUCGUAUAUCUCAUCGCGAACGUUUGGUACAAUCAACAUUUAGUACAUACCAAUAUGAUGCAACCGCUGGAAACGGUGUCACCGCCUACGUAAUCGAUACCGGAGUCAACAUCAACCACACUGACUUUGGCGGCCGCGCUCGAUGGGGUGCCAACUUCUCACCCGGUCAGCCCGAUCAAGAUCUUGGUGGACACGGGACCCAUGUUGCAGGUACCAUCGCUGGAACUACAUACGGUGUCGCCAAAAACGCUCAGAUUGUUGCCGUCAAGGUUUUGGGUCCACAAGGAGGUACAAACAGUGACGUUAUCAAGGGAGUUCAAUGGACUGUGGCUGAUUACAAGAAGGCCGUUGACGAUGCCAGAAGAGCAGGAAAAGUAUAUAAAGGCGCAGUCAUCAAUAUGAGUUUGGGAGGUGGUAAGAGUAACGCUUUGGAUAAGGCUGUUAACGAGGCUGUUACGGCUGGUAUAGUCGUUGUUGUAGCCGCUGGCAACGAAAACUCUGAUGCUUGCUUGGCAUCACCUUCCGGAGCCGAAAAGGUAAUCACUGUUGCCGCUUCAACGGUCGAAGAUACGCGGGCUUGGUUCUCCAAUUGGGGUAAAUGUGUAGAAAUCUUUGCACCUGGCAGAGAUAUUACGUCAGACUGGAUUGGUUCUAAUACUGCUACAAACAGAAUCUCUGGAACCUCUAUGGCAUCUCCUCAUGUAGCUGGUCUUGCAGCUUACUUCCUUGGUUUGAGCGCGAUUCCGCUAACGCCAAAGCAAGUUCUUGACAAGAUUGUCAAUACGGCUACACGUAAUGCUCUUUGUGAAGUCGCAAAUAGUCCCAAUCUUUUGGCGUACAAUGGUUUUGCGUAG